AUGAGCACUAGUCUUUCCCAGCCUGUCAACCAGAUAAUCAGCUAUCCUUGUUCCAGAUUCUUCUUUACUUUGCUGCCUUAUGCUUUGCUCAAUCUCCUGGCUUCUAGCCAAUUGUUAAUGCUAGAGGAUCAGGGGAAGUCGACGCAGUCUGCUCAGUUCCUAGCCAAUCAGCGUAGAAUUACUGUCGGUAUCAUUUACUUUGGAGCUGUCGAGUUAGGCUGGGUGGGUGGUCCUGUUGUGAUAAUUGGCUCUUGUAUCAUUUUCCAUAUCGGCAACUACGUCGUCUCUCAUUGUUCAUUAGUUUUACUAUGCUUUUAUCCAAUAUCUGGUCCUUACUAUGUGUUGAUGUCCAACGUCGACUACAACAAGAGGGUGAAAGAGAUAAUGAAGAACAUCCGCUCUAAGCUCUGUUUCUCCUGUUCCAAUCACAAGGUGACUUCAGUUUCUAGUGCUAUGACCGUGACUUCAUAA